AUGUAUGUUCAGAGCAUUCAGUACUUUUAUCGGGAAGGCCACUCUGUCCUCUCCGCGGGGACGCGGUCCCCAGCCGCGCCGCCCUGGGUCCGGCCGCGGGGGUCGGGGGUGGCAGCAGCCCCCGCGCGGUUCCCGGCCGGACGCGGCGCCUUUAGCUCCUCCCGCGCGGCCGCCCCUUCCCCGGAGCGCGCCGGGGCGUCCGGGCCGCCGCGAGGGGCUUGGGCCGGGGUCCUGGUCCGGGUCCCGGUGCUGGUGCCGGCCCCUCCCCGGCCCCACGCCCUGGGCGGCGGCCGCGGGAGGACGGGGCGGGGCGCGGAGCAUAAACAACGGGGCGGGGCGCGUCCUGCCCGCUGCCCGGCCCGACCCGCGGCCUGCACCGCCCGACCCGCGGCCUGCCCGGCCCGACCCGCGCCCUGCCCGCCGAACCCGCGCCCUGUCCCGUCCGAACCGCGGCCUGCACCGCCCGAGCCGCGGCCUGUCCUGCGGGACCCGCGCCCUGUCCCGCUGGACCCGCGCCCAGUCCCGCCGGAUUCGCUCCCUGCCCCGGCGGAUCCGCUCCCUGCCCCGCCGGACCCGCGCCCAGUCCCGCCGGACCCGCGCCCAGUCCCGCCGGACCCGCGUCCUGUCCCGCCGGACCCGCGCCCAGUCCCGCCGGACCCGCGCCCAGUCCCGCCGGACCCGCGCCCAGUCCCGCCGGACCCGCGUCCUGUCCCGCCGGACCCGCGCCCAGUCCCGCCGGACCCGCGCCCUGUCCAGCCGGACCCGCGCCCUGCCCGCCGGACCCGCGCCCAGUCCCGCCGGACCCGCGCCCUGUCCCGCCGGACCCGCUCCCUGCCCCGCCGGACCCGCGUCCUGUCCCGCCGGACCCGCGCCCAGUCCCGCCGGACCCGCGCCCUGUCCCGCCGGACCCGCGCCCUGCCCCGCCGGACCCGCGCCCAGUCCCGCCGGACCCGCGCCCAGUCCCGCCGGACCCGCGCCCAGUCCCGCCGGACCCGCGCCCAGUCCCGCCGGACCCGCUCCCUGCCCGCCGGACCCGCGCCCUGCCCCGCGCGAACCGCGCCCUGCCCCGCCGGACCCUCGUCCCUGUCCAUCCGGACCCGCGCCCUGCCCGGUGGUGGGCAGGCGGACGCCGAGGAGGACCAGGAGACCCUGCGGAAGUUGAUCGUCCGGAUGAGCAACGUGCAGGAGGGCAAGCGAGUGGGCACGCUGGUGCAGACGCUGGAGGACGCGCUGCUGCUCACCUACGCCCCGCACGCUUCUACAUUAUUUCAAGGCAAAGCUGUGCACGUGCCACUGCUGGUGGUCCUGGACUCGUACCUGGAGGUGGCCUCUGUGCAGCAGGUGGGCUGGUCACUUCUGUGCAGAUUAAUAGAAAUAUGCCCUGAUACGAUGCAGAGCUUGAUGGGACCCCAGAAUGUUGGGCGUGACUGGGAAAUCCUCGGGGUUCAUCAACUGAUUCUUAAGAUGCUGACCGUUCACAAAGCCAGCGUGAGCCUGUCCACGGUGGGCCUGAAGGCCCUUGAACUCCUCCUGGCCUCAGGAAAAAUCACGCUGCUGAUACUGGACGAGGAAAGUGACGUUUUCUUGCUGAUCUUCGAUGCCAUGCGCACGUUUUCAGCCAAUGAUGAAGUUCAGAAACUUGGAUGCAAAGCUCUACAUGUGCUGUUUGAGAGAGUUUCAGAGGAACAACUCGUUGAAUUUGUGGAGAAUAAAGAUUAUGUGAUAUUGCUAAAUGCAUUGAACACGUUCAAGGAUGAAGAAGAAAUUGUGUUUCAUGUACUGCAUUGUUUACACUCUCUAGCAGUGCCUGGCAGCAAUGUGGAGGUACUCAUGAGCGGGAACGUGCGGUGCUACAACAUCGUGGUGGACGCCAUGAAGGCCUUUCCCCGCGCCGAGGACAUCCAGGCCGUGAGCUGCUGCCUGCUGCACAGGCUGACCUUGGGGAACUUCUUCAAUAUCCUGGUGCUGAAUGAGGUGCAUGUGUUCGUGGUGGCAGCGGUGCGGCAGUUUCCCGGGAAUGCCACGGUGCAGAUGGCUGCGCUCAGCUGUCUGGCGCUCCUCACUGAGACCAUUUUCUUAAAUCAAGACUUGGAGGAAAAGAGUGAGCGUCUGGAGGAUGAGGAGGCAGAGGAGGAGCAGUUGUUCUGGCUUCGAGCCUGCUAUGAAGCCCUGACAUGGCACAGGAAGAACAGGCAUGUGCAGGAGGCGGCGUGCUGGGCCCUGAACAACCUCCUCAUGUACCAGCACAGUCUGCACGAGAAGAUUGGCGACGAAGAUGGCCAGUUCCCAGCUCACAGGGAGGUGAUGCUGUCCAUGCUGAUGCACUCCUCAUCCAAGGAAGUCUUCCAGGCAUCCGCCAACGCACUCUCGACUCUGCUGGAGCAGAACGUUAAUUUCAGAAAAGUCCUGUUGUCCAAAGGAAUAUUCCUGAAUGUUCUGGAUUUGAUGCAGAAACAUGCACAUUCUCCUGAAGUGGCUGAAAGUGGCUGUAAAAUGCUAAAUCAUCUCUUUGACGGAAGCGUCACUUCCCUGGACACAGCGGCAGUGGUGGUCCCCAGAAUCAUUGCUGUUAUGAAGAGUCACGAGACCUCACCGUCUGUGCAGCUGGAGGCACUGAGGGCUAUUUCACAUUUUAUAGUUUCCGGCAUGCAAGAAGAAUCCAGGGGAGAUACUGAAGAGCAACAUAAGCUAAAUUUGGUUCGGAAGCAGUGUUUAAAGAAUGACAUCCACAAGCUGGUCUUAGCAUCUCUGAACAGGUUCAUCGGAAAUCCUGGGAUUCAGAAGUGUGGAUUGAAAGUUAUUUCCUCUGUGGCCUGUUUUCCGGAGGCCCUGGAGGUGCUGGCUCUGGAGGGUGCUGUCGACACGGUGAUGCACACGGUGCAGAUGUUCCCCGACAGCCAAGAAAUCCAGUGUCUGGGUUUAAGUCUUAUAGGCUGUUUGAUCACAAAGAAGAAUUUAUGCAUAGCAACAGGGCAUCUGCUGGCCAAGAUUCUGGUGUCCACCCUGCAGCGUUUCGCCGAUGUCCCUGAUGUGCAGAUGAAGGGAUUUCAGACCAUCCUGAAAAUCCUGGAGUUGCUGCCGCCUUUUUCCAAGCUGCUGUUGCAUCAUUCAUUUGAUUCAGUCAUUUUCCAUCAGAUGUCUUCUGGCAUUCUGGAGCAAAAAGACCAGCAGUUUCUGAGACUCUGCUGUAGGUGCUUUGCAAAACUGAGUGCGGAGGACGAGCUGAAGGGCUUGAUGCUGGAGAGAGCCUGCGAGCAGGACAACAGUGUCAUGGCUGAGUGUUUGCUCUUGCUGGGAGCCGAUGCCAGUGGAGUCAAGGAGACCCCUCCUCUGAUUUGCCAGGUGUGUGAGAAGACCGGCAGCCCCCGCCUGGUGGAGCUGCUGCUCGAUGGUGGCUCCCGAGAGCAGGACGUCCGGGCUGCCCUGGCCAUCAGCGUGGGCAAGGGGGACGGCCCCGUGGUCAGCCUGCUCUUGCGGAGGCUUGCCCUGGACCUGGCCAACAGCAGCAUCUGCCUGGGUGGCUUCUGCCUGGGGCGGCUGGAGCCCACGUGGCUGGGCCCUCUGUUCCCAGACAGGGCGCCCAGUGCCGGGAGCGAGACACGCAUGGGAUCUGUGCUGGCCCGGUUGGUGCUCGGGUGCCAGGCUCGGAGCAGAGGGCCCGAGGGUGCGGGCUCCGUCAGUGAAGGGCCUGGCUCUGAAGCCCUUGAUGAGCUCGAUGACUGGACCUUCAUUCCUGAACCCUUUGUGGACAGUAUGUUUGGUCAAAGUGAUGACCUGGAUAGUGAAGGAAGCGGAAGCUCAUUUCUUAUGAAAAAAAAGCCAAAUUCAAUCAGUGUGGGAGAACUUUAUCGAGACCCUGCCUUGCAGCGUUGCUCACCAAACCUACAAAGGCAUUCCAGUUCAUUGGAACCCAUUUUGAAUCAUGAAAAUUUACUUAAGCAAAAAAGAAAAAUAGUAUCUUCAGAUGAUUCACUCAGGUCAUCGAAGCUUCAGUCCAACACCAGGCCUUCUGACAGCACUUCUUCCCUGGCCUCUGAGAGAGAAUAUAUCACAUCACUGGACCUUUCCGCAAAUGAGCUGAGAGACAUCGACGCCCUCAGCCAGAAGUGUGGGCUCCUCAGCCACCUGGAGCACCUGCAGAGGCUGGAGCUGCACCAGAAUGCGCUCACCGGCUUCCCUGCCAAGCUGUGCGAGAUGCUGAAGUGUCUGACACAUUUGGACUUGCACAGUAACAGAUUUACCUCGUUCCCCUCCUACUUGCUGAAGAUGAAGUGUGUGGCCACUCUUGACGUCUCGCGCAAUGACAUCGGCCCCUCGGUGGUCCUGGAGCCUGCCUGGAAGUGUCCCACCCUGAGGCAGUUGAACCUGUCAUACAACCAGUUAACUUCUCUCCCCGAGCACCUGGCCACUGCUGCUGAGAACCUGGAGCAGCUGGUUGUGGAAGGAAAUAAAAUAUCAGGGCUGAGUUCCCACUUGAGUCUAAAGGAACUAAAGGUCUUGAACCUUAGUAAAAACCUCAUCUCCUCACUGCCAGAAGACUUCCUGGAGGCCUGCCCUAAAGUGGAGAGCUUCAGUGCCCGAAUGAAUUUCCUUGCCGAUAUGCCUUUUUUGCCGUCUUCCAUGACAAGUCUGAAGUUGUCUCAGAACAGAUUCACGCAUGUUCCAGAAGCAAUUUUAAAUCUUCCACACUUGCGGUGCUUGGACAUGAGCAGCAAUGCCAUCCAGUGCCUCCCUAGUCCUGCUCACUGGAAGUCCCUAAAUUUAAGGGAGCUCUUAUUUAAUUAUAAUCAGAUCAGCAUUUUGGACUUGAGCGAAAAGGCAUCCAUGUGGUCAAGAAUGGAGAAACUACAUCUUUCUCACAAUAAGCUGAAAGAGAUUCCUCCUGAGAUUGGCUGUCUGGAAAACCUGACGUCUCUCGAUGUUAGUUACAAUGUGGAGCUGAGAUCAUUUCCUAAUGAAAUGGGGAGACUGAGCAAGAUAUGGGACCUGCCUUUAGAUGAACUGCGUCUUAAUUUUGAUUUUAAGCAUAUAGGGUAUAAAGCCAAAGACAUCAUAAGGUUUCUUCAACAGCGAUUAAAAAAGGCCGUGCCCUACAACCGAAUGAAGCUUAUGAUUGUGGGAAAUACUGGCAGUGGUAAAACCACCUUAUUGCAGCAGUUAAUGAAAAUGAAGAAAUCUGAUCUUGGGGUGCAGGGUGCAACUGUUGGCAUCGAUGUGAAGGACUGGCCCGUCCAGAUAAGGGCCAAAGGGAAGAAAGACCUGGUUCUAAAUGUGUGGGAUUUUGCAGGUCGAGAGGAGUUCUACACCACACAUCCUCACUUUAUGACGCAGAGGGCCCUGUACCUGGCUGUGUAUGACCUCAGCAAAGGACAGGCCGAAGUGGAUGCCAUGAAGCCCUGGCUCUUCAAUAUAAAGGCUCGAGCCUCUUCAUCCCCUGUCAUCCUCGUGGGCACACAUUUGGAUGUUUCUGAUGAGAAGCAGCGCAAAGCGUGCAUAAGUAAAAUCACCAAAGAGCUCCUAAACAAGCGAGGGUUCCCUGCAAUCCGGGAUUACCACUUUGUGAAUGCCACUGAGGAAUCUGAUGCUCUGGUGAAACUUCGGAAAACCAUCAUAAACGAGAGCCUGAACUUCAAGAUCCGAGAUCAGCCUGUGGUUGGGCAGCUGGUUCCAGACUGCUAUGUGGAACUUGAGAAAAUCAUAUUAUCAGAGCGUAAAAAUGUGCCAAUUGAGUUUCCUGUAAUUGGCCGGAAACGCCUGUUACAGCUGGUGAGAGAAAACCAGCUGCAGCUGGAUGAGCAGGAGCUCCCACACGCGGUCCACUUCCUCAACGAAUCAGGCGUCCUGCUUCACUUCCAAGACCCUGCACUGCAGCUAAGUGACUUAUACUUUGUGGAACCCCGGUGGCUUUGCAAAGUCAUGUCCCAGAUUUUGACAGUGAAAGUGGUGGAAGGUUGCCCAAAACAGCCUAAAGGAAUUAUUUCACGUAAAGAUGUGGAAAGAUUUCUUUCAAAGAAAAAGAGAUUUCCAAAGAACUACAUGUCACAAUACUUUAAACUCCUAGAGAAAUUCCAGAUCGCCUUGCCAAUAGGAGAGGAAUAUUUGCUGGUUCCAAGCAGUCUCUCUGAUCACAGACCAGUGAUUGAGCUUCCCCAUUGUGAGAACUCUGAAAUUAUCAUUCGACUCUAUGAAAUGCCUUAUUUCCCAAUGGGAUUCUGGUCAAGAUUAAUCAAUCGAUUACUUGAAAUUUCACCUUACAUGCUUUCAGGAAGAGAGCGAGCUCUUCGCCCAUACAGAAUGUACUGGCGACAAGGCAUCUACUUGAAUUGGUCUCCUGAAGCUUAUUGCCUAGUGGGCUCCGAAGCCUUUGACAGUCGCCCCGAGAGCUUCUUAAAAAUCACUGUUCCUUCAUGUAGAAAAGGCUGUGUGCUUUUGGGACAAGUUGUGGACCACAUUGACUCCCUGAUGGAAGAAUGGUUUCCUGGGUUGCUGGAGAUUGAUAUUUGUGGUGAAGGAGAAACUCUGUUGAAGAAAUGGGCAUUAUAUAGUUUUAAUGAUGGCGAAGAGCAUCAAAAGAUACUGCUGGAUGACUUGAUGAAGAAGGCUGAACAAGGAGACCUCCUCAUCAGCCCAGACCACCCGAAGCUCACCAUUCCAAUAUCUCAGAUAGCCCCUGACUUGAUUUUGGCUGACCUGCCAAGAAAUAUUAUGUUGAAUAACGAUGAACUUGAAUUUGAACAAGCUCCAGAAUAUCUCCUAGGUGAUGGCAGUUUUGGAUCAGUUUACCGAGCAACCUAUGAAGGAGAAGAAGUGGCAGUGAAGAUUUUUAAUAAGCACACAUCACUUAGACUGUUAAGACAAGAGCUGGUGGUGCUCUGCCAUCUCCACCACCCCAGCCUCAUUUCUCUGCUGGCAGCUGGGAUCCGUCCGCGCAUGCUGGUGAUGGAAUUGGCCUCCAGGGGCUCCCUGGACCGCCUGCUGCAGCAGGAUGCAACCGGCUUCACCAGGACCCUGCAGCACAGGGUUGCCCUGCACGUGGCUGACGGCUUGAGAUACCUCCACUCAGCCAUGAUCAUAUACCGGGACCUGAAGCCCCACAAUGUUCUGCUCUUCACCCUGUACCCUAAUGCAGCUGUCAUCGCAAAGAUCGCAGACUACGGGGUUGCUCAGUAUUGCUGCCGGAUGGGCAUAAAAACAUCAGAGGGCACCCCAGGUUUUCGUGCACCAGAGGUUGCCAGAGGAAAUGUCAUCUAUAACCAGCAGGCUGACGUUUACUCGUUUGGCUUAUUAUUGUAUGACAUUUUAACGACUGGAAGUCGAAUAGCAGAGGGUCUGAAGUUCCCCAAUGAGUUUGAUGAAUUGGCAAUACAAGGAAAAUUACCUGAUCCAGUUAAAGAAUAUGGUUGUGCUCCAUGGCCUAUGGUUGAGAAGUUAAUUAAAAAGUGUUUGAAGGAAAAUCCCCAAGAAAGACCUACUUCUGCUCAGGUCUUUGACGCCUUGAAUUCAGCUGAGUUAAUCUGUCUGAUGAGACAUGUAGUGAUCCCUAAAAACCUUCUUGUUGAGUGCAUGGUUGCUACAAACCACCGCAGCAAGGACCCCAGUGUUUGUCUGGGCUGUGGACAUGGUGACAGAGGCAAGCUCUUGAUUCUGGACUUAAGCAGAGAAGGACGCGCUUCUGAGCUGGAGUCACGUUCCUUGUGUGCUUUGUCUGAGGAAGUAACUGAUAGCCAAAUACUGUGUCUGGCCCUGGUACAUCUUUCUUCUGAAAAGGAAAUUUGGAUUGUGUGUGGAACCCAGUCUGGCAUGCUCCUGGCCAUCAGUGACCAGGACAGGAAGAAGAGACACACUCUUCAACGGAUGUCCGACUCUGUCACUUGCUUGUAUUGCAGCUCCUUCUCCAAGCAAAGAAAACAAAAGAAUUUUCUUUUGGUGGGGACUGCUGAUGGAAAGUUGGCCAUUUUUGAAGACAAAAUGGUUAAGUGUCAAGGAGCUGAGCCUUUGAAGGUGGUGAAUGUGGGGGAUGCCAGCACACCAUUGAUGUGUGUGAGUGAGUCUGUGAGUUCUGCUGAGAAAGACAUAUUGUGGGGAGGCUGUGGCACCAAGAUUUUUUCACUUUCCAGUGAUUUCAAUAUUCAGAAACUCAUCGAGACCAGGACAAGUCAACUGUUUUCCUAUGCAGUCUUCAGUGACUCCAACAUCAUAUCGGUGGCAGUGGACACAGCUCUCUAUGUUGCCAAGAAAAACAGUCCAUUUGUGGAGGUUUGGGAUAAGAAAACUGAAAAACUCUGCCAACUGAUAGACUGUGUGCACUUUUUAAAGGAGACGGCGGCGGAGGUGGCCCCGGAGCCCCGAGCCCGCCUGCCUUACGCCGGGCGGGUGAAGAGCCUCUGCCUGCAGAGGAACGCGGCGCUCUGGAUCGGCACGGGCGGGGGCUCGCUCUUGCUCCUGGACCUGGCGACCCGCCGCGUGCUCCGCGUGGUUCACAGCCGGUGCGACUCUGUGCGGGGGAUGGCGAUGACGCAGCUAGGCAACCUUAAAAAUGUCAUGCUGGUUUUGGGAUAUACCCAGACAAGUACCAAAGGUAUGCACUACUAAAAAGAGUUACAGUCUUGCUUGUCUGUUUGGGACAUCAAUCUUCCACAUGAAGUGCAAAAUUUAGAAAAACAUAUUGAGGUGAGAAAAGAAUUAGCUGAAAAAAUGAAAAGAAUAUCUGUUGAAUAAGAGGGAAAAAGGGAAUUCUUGACUUUGGACAGGAAAAUUAUUAUCUCCCCUUGUAAAUAUUUAUUUAAAAAUGUUUACUUACAUGUGAAAAGGGUACUCCUGCUCUUUGAAAUAACUCAUUUGUAUAUAUUUUAUUUUAAAUAUAAAUGUAUAAAAGUUACCAGUGAAAGUAUGUUUUAAAAGAAAAAUUUUAAAUAUGGUGUUAUAUUUUCUAUAUAUUCUAAUUUUGUGGAUGAAGUAAUGAAAAACCUUAAAAUUACUUAUUGCAGUGUUUAUGCUAAAAUUUAUAAAAAUUUGUUACUCAUAAUGAAAGAAAACUGUAUUUUAAGCAUUGUGCUAAAACAGGACUAAAUUGCUUACUCUCUAGAUAUCCUGCAAAGUAGAGUUAGUAUGUUAGAAAUGUUUCCUGGCCAUAAAAUUCCUCAUAGAUUGCUUUUAGGAGCAGUUAUUGCAUGUCCUUGAAAAUAGGCCUCUCUUGGACAUGAGUUUCUUUGUUGCAAGUGCAAUUAUGUAUAUCACACGCAUUCAUACCUACUAAAAAGAAAAUCCAUGAAGAGUGUUGAUGGAAAAGAAGUUAUUAUCAAGCCUCAAGACAGCAAAGUCAGCCUACUUUUUCUGCCUGUUUUGUAACUCUCCCUGAAUUCAGAUACCUUGAAAUUUGUAUGAUUGCUGUGAAUACAGUGUCUACUUUUACAAAUGAUUAUUUUCCAUUUUUAUUUGGAUUUUUAGUUAAAGGCCAGAACCCUGUCUUCCUUUUCUGAAUCUGUUCUGUUUCAGUGCUAUUCACCUUGCCCCCAAAUUUUGUGACUAUGAAAUUCCUAUUUUUUUGGAUACAAACCUAUUUUUGAAAUUAGGGAGUUCUACAGCUCCUACCUAAGCCAUGGGGCCACAUGUGAAGCAGAUCACCAGUUCAGAUCACUAGUCAGCACCUGCUGCUUUGUUUCCCGGAUUAAACUUAAAUUGCUAAAAUAUCUUCCUGUAGUAGGAAUGUUAGGCACAAGUACCUGGGUAGCAGUUGGAUUGUAAUUUCUGUUUUAAGGAACGUUUUUGGUAAAUCCAGUGGUCCGUUUAACAUUCUCAGGACUGAGUAACAUUUUUUUAUAUCCAGACUUUAAAUUUUAUAUCAAGAGUAAUAAAAUUAUUAACUCUGAAAGAUUACCUAUUUCUUAAAGAGAACUAGGUUUUAAUAGGUUUUGCAAAAAACACAAAAAAACAAAAAACAAAAAAACCCCCACCCCCAAACAGAUCAAUAGGGCAAGAAACAAAUCAGCAGAGCCAGGGUUUCCUUCCUUGUGACAAAGCCCAGAUUAACUUUUACCUGGGCUAAAAUUCUUUUUCGCAAGGAAAGGCAGUGGUUCUGAAAUGCCUGCAGUACUUAUGCUUUCCUUUACUGCAAAAAGCAAUUUUUGCCCCAUGGUUCCUGGUGAAAUAGGACGGAUGGGGCCUAUAUUGUGCCCAAGGUUGGGGAGAAUGUCAAAUAGUGGAAUCUGUGUUCCUGUGAUAUUUAUCAUUGUGACUUUGUAUUUAUUUAUAUUUUAACCAAAGAAAAUUGUGGGUGAAUAUGUAAAUGAACAUUGUAUUUAAAUGGAAUAAAAAACAUUUGAGAAG